AAUUCACAUUUUAGUUACACAGUCUCCUACAAUCACUCUGGCCUCAGCUGUUUUGGCGUACCACCAUCCGACUAAACUCAUGGACAUCUAUAACUUCACCACUGAUGCCACCACACUCGGAACCGGAAGUGUCCCUAGUGCGUCAAUCUGGGCAAACUUUAAGAGAUUUAAUGAAAUCCGGGCGAGUUUCUCUGCAGUAUUUGGUCUAGAUGAUCAGCUUUCAGCCCGACCAAGCUACGUUUCUGAGUCCAGAAUAGGCGUGACUAAAGCAGUAAUGGAAUGGGAACUACAAAAACUUAAAAACGGGGUCCCAGAAAGAGUGGGGGGUAAUUCCAGCACCUGUCUUGAAGUUUCCGAGAACAGCCCAGACAGUACCUUACAGGAAUGUCGGGUGGAGUUUUUCAACCCACUGGCUAGCGACAGCGGUGAUGUAUUCACAUUGAGGUUUACAGUUGAGAACGGGGGAUACGAGGUUCUGUCUGAUGGAGUUCGACUUCCUUUUAGACAGCAAACAAACUCUACAGCAUCUGUUACUUAUAGAAUAGACCUAGAUAAACCCGUUCCCAAUACCAGCACAGCAUUUAGAGUGCUGGAAUCUUUUACAAAAAGAGCCAUUGAAACUCGUUGGUCAGGAUGGAAUGAUACACUUUCUGGAAUGGAGAGUUACAACUGGGAAAUCUUUGAACUUCAAAAUCAAAGCGGAAUUCUGCGAUACGUAAAAAGAACCAAAGAGAAUUGUAUCAAUCCUCAGUUCGGAGAUUCCUGUAAUGCUUUCUUGGACCCAAUAUCUAGUAUGAAGUACAACCAUUCUGAUGCUGAGAAAGUGAGGACGUAUUCACCACAGAGACCGGGUGCUUACGCAAUGAUCUUAGAGGCCUCAGACAGGGCAAACAAUUCUGAAUACGUAGCUCGCUAUGUAGUUUACGAUCCAAGUUCAUCAGGUAUAGAUAUACAAAAAGGGGAUAAUGACAUUAAGGCUCUAUCAGGUUCACCAAACGCUAGCUAUAAAUGGCAGAUAUUGUCGGCGCCAUCACAAAGUAAUGUUCGUGUGGAAUUCUCGUGGGAGGGGCAUUUCAUAAAUCGUCUUCAUCACGAGGGAGGGUUUCUUAACAGAAUCGAAGAUUACCAGCCGCAGCUGGAGGACGAAAGCGCGGAUCCUGGUGUGUUCCCCAAAACUGUUAGCUCCAAGUACAAAGAAUCAGGGACAGACGCACGACCACAAGAACAGAUUCCGAACAAACUCGGAAUAACGAGAUUUGAAACAUAUUUUGACGAGACAGGAGAACAAACUAUUGAUGUUAAUUCACCUGCUGGCUGGGGUGACCAGAGUUUAACUACAACAUUUUCCCGCUCCCUCAGUAGCGUGGUCAGGGAGGGAGAUUCGGUAAAGCUGUGGGUCAGAGCGGAGGAUGCCAUGGGGAACAGGAAUGUCUCCCUCAUUCAGUUGGGUUUUGAUGCUUCUGGGCCUUUACUGUAUAAGGCAAGCUUUAUGAAGAACAUGGGAUCGAAAUAUACAUACGGCAGCAAACUUUGGUUCCGAGCUGCGGAUGAACACAGUGGUAUUUCUCAGAUAUACUUCCGCAUAAUAAAUAAAUCCAACAGUUCUGUAGCAGAAAACGGUACUGUUAGAGUCAACAGUUCUACAACGGCAAGAGGUAACCCCGAUGAGUCGUACAAGGUUCGGGAUUUAUUCUAUUUUUACCAACAAGAACUGGAGAUAAACAAUUGUUGGUUCCGAGUUCCGAAAGAGAGACAGGCGUCUGAUCAGUUUGCUGUAGAGGUCACGGCCUAUAAUGGCGCCAUGAUGCUAAAUCAGACGACAGUUGAGGUCAAUCUAGGAGAAUUUAAUGGAAUCGGAGAAUAUCAAACCGUGAAAUCCGUAAUUCUACUCGACAACACCGGAAGUGGGGUUCGAUUUGGGUGGAAUCUGACAGACACUUGCUAUAGCCGCCAGAACAUCAUUUUAGAAUACAAUGACGGGGAAAAGCAUAGAAAGCUAGUGAACGCAAGGGUCAGAAGAUUCGACCUCCGAGGCUUGAAACCACUCACCCGGUAUAACGUCAGCUUCACCAUAGAAUAUGAUGGCGGUGAUAUAAGCGACCCUUUGUUUUUCGUCUUCACGACGACUUCUGGACCUGUUGGACAGACCGGACUAUCCGCGGGCGGAAUAUCCGGAAUUGUUGUCGCCAUUUGUCUUCUGCUGUUGUUCGUGAUUUUCGUACUGGUGUUGUAUAAAACUGGUCGUCUUCGCAAAGCAGAAGUCAUCAUUGCACCAAUCAGGAACACUAUAAGGCGACACAAAGAUGGCGCCGGAGCGAUCGGGUACCAGCAGUAUAAUACGGGGGGAUAUGAAGAGGAGGACAUUUAUUUAUACGGGGGACUCACGUUUGAGAAGGAGCCAGACUGGCAUUAUAAGAUGGAGGACGUGUCGUUAGGUGCCCUGCUUAAGACCGGGAGGUUCGCCAUGAUUUAUAAAGCCACGGUGUACAAGAAUGGAAAACCAAAGGAAUGCGUAGCAAAAACACUUAAAGAUGGUUACACUGACGAGGACAAAGUGCUGAUGAUGGCGAAGAUUAAUUUUUUCGGAACAAAGGUUGGGGAUCAUCCGUGUAUCCUCGGGUUUAUAGGAGCAGUGACAGCAGAGCAGUCUAUUGGCCCAUUUAUGCUUUUGGAAUAUUGUGAGAAUGGGACUCUGAAGGACUGGUUGGUGGAUCGACAGAGUUCGGUCUCUGAUGACGUCAUUGAGAAUCUCUUCCGGUUUUCCUACGACAUAUCUAGAGGGAUGAUGUUCUUAGCAAGUAAAGAGAUUAUUCACAUGAGACUUGCAGCUAGGAACGUGUUUCUCAGUAAGAACCUGAGUGCUAAGGUAGCAGGCUUUGGACCACGACAAGGCGACGAAGAGGACGAGUCAUCUAGAAAGGAAAGAAUACCAGUGAAAUGGAUGGCUCCCGAAUGUUUGAAUAAGUCUGGCACUGCAUCCGAGAAAAGUGACGUCUGGUCAUAUGGAAUCACUGUAUGGGAAGUCUUUACCAUGGGUGGAAGCCCAUAUGACAACGUACGUAGUAAAGACCUUCCAAAAUGGCUGAAGCAAGGGAACCGACUAAGUAAACCGGAAUAUUCGGAUGAUUUGCAUUAUGAGAUCAUGAAAAAAUGUUGGGCUAUGGAGCCGGCUGCGAGGCCAUCUUUUUCGGAAAUCAACAAACAGAUUGAAUCUCUGUUUCGUCAAUCAUCCGGGGACUUGUACUACUACGAUACACAGAAAUGACCCGGAAAUGAGAAAAAUUCCGGAUGUUAAACGAACUGCAUGUUUUUUUUUUUUUUGUCUGAAAGACCGAUUCCGUAUCUAUUGCAGACAUUCUCUUUAAUGAUGCCUCAGUCUUACUUUCUUUAUGUCAAAAAGAUUUUAAUGUCUUGUAAAUUUCUACAUCAUGAGUAUUAUCCAAAAUAUUGAAGUGUUACCCAAGAAAUAACCAUAACCGUGUUUUAAUUAAUGAUUAAGUGCAUACUUCAAUAAAUAUUGUUUGAUUGUGCGCCAAAUUCAAGCUGAAAAUCUGAUAAAAAAAAUACAAACUGAACUCUUUUUCUUUACACAACAUACAAAGGCAAUACUAGUUAAUAUGAACAUUUGUGUAUUGUCUUCAUAUCUUUAUGUGUCGGUUUGAUCUUGUAUUUGCUGAGCAACCUUAAAAAUAUGACUGCUUCUUUGGAGUGAAAAUUACAAAAUCAUUUGCAUCAAUUAAAAUAUUGUUUUUGAAUUUAGAAAAAAUUAUUAAAAUUUUUGUUGA